UUAUUAAAAGUUUUCGGAAUUUAGAAACAAUUUUCGCAGAAAAAUGCUGAAUUGUACUUCUCGAUAAUUAGUUUUAAGCAUUAAAAUUGUUUUUUUGAUUGUGUUUUUACGAAAAAAAAAGGAAAAGGGACGCAGUAAAAUAGGUUCAAACAGGAUCGUUUAUUAUUUAAAAGUUGCAAACACGGUUGUCUUAGAAAUACACUUCCAUGACUUUAUGUGUGAUUGAGUUACAACGUCUGGACCGUGUUACAUCUUCAGUCGUUAUGAAGUAAUUAAUUGUACACUUAGCACUAUACGGGUUUUAUGUAAAUGAUCGCCUGGGUGUGACGUUCAGUUCCGAUUGAUUGUAUUGCAGCUCCAGAAUUACUUUCAUCAGCGGUUUUCAUAUGUUACUGAUUUCCACACUUAUAUGACUAAACGUUGAUCGUUGCUGAAUGUAUGUUGCUUCUUUAAAGUUACACGGGAACUAGUGUUCUUCCAUGUGAAGAAUUUUUGUCUCCUCUGCCUUCCUCCAAUGAAUUUUGCGUGUUCUGCUAUACCGUACCGUGUAGUUUCUCCCCUUUUUUGUAUAUGAUAAAUGUUCCUUCAUCCGAUUUUCAAAUGAUCUCUUCGUUUCCCCAAUGUAUAACUGACUGCAUUCGUAAAUAAUAUAGGGAACUUCGUUCCUUUCUCUGUGUGAAGGCUUCGUUUUCAUGAGAUAGUCACGCAAAGAGGAGAACUAAGAGAAGGCUGCUUUUAUUAACAAUUAAAAUCGUAAUUAAUACCGAUGUAGAUGUACAUUUCCUGAAUUAUGGCAAAAAAGAAAAAUGAAGCAGCCAGACAGACAGGCAAACAAACGGUAGAAUAAUUGUGUUUAUCAAUGUAACAUUAUUAUUUGCGUUAGAGUUUUUAAGAAAUACAAAUUUCACUCGGUUGAGCUCUCAGCUGACUGUUUUAUUUAUUACGUAUCUUUAUUUAACUUUUUAAGAAAUACAACUUUUAGCUGACGAUGGGCACACAUUCACGUCUUUUCAAAACCACGCGUUGUUAUGAUGUUAACAAAUUCAAAGAGCAAUAGCAUCAUUACAAAUACAAAAGGCUUUCGUACAAAUCUUAUCAGAAAAGAAGUGCCUAAGCCAUAAAAUUGUGACGUAUGUUACUGUUAAUGUUAAUAAAUCAUGGUUGUAGCAGCCAAAAAGACUGCCUUAAUAGGCUCGCAGAUAUAAAUAGAAAUAUUUUCAAAAAUUUUCAUUCCAUUUGUAAUUUCUAAAGACACUUGAAUUAGAGUAUCUACCUAGAUUGUUGUUACAUAUAACAGUUGCUUUUUUAUUAAAACUGAAAUGGGUGACGAUAAUGUGAAGAAAUGCGGCAGAACCUAUCUGGCAGCAGUAGUCUUUUCAAGUAAUUUGGCAACAUUUAUGGCUGGAGUAUUAUUAACCUGGUCGUCUCCAGUUUUUCCUCGACUGAACACAAUCAACGACGACAAUCCCUUCGGAAAAGUGGUGACACCUUCUGAACAAUCACUAAUCAGCUCAUUGUUACCGUUGGGUGCUUCACUCGGUCCCAUAAUUGCAGGUUUACUGACCGACAGAAUCGGAAGAAAGAAGACUCUUCUAAUUUUUUCAGGGAUCCCACUCGCAGGAGCUUCUAUCACGCUAAUUUUUGCAAAAUCAAUUCUCGUCUACUACAUUGCAAGAUUUAUUGCUGGUGUCGGGGUAGCAAACACUUUCGUGGUAAUUCCCAUUUAUCUGAGCGAAAUAUCUGAAGUUUCAAUACGGGGUAUGGUAGCAUCAUCUUUCGGUUUCUUUUGUGCUGUUGGACAAUUGUUUUCGUACUCUGUUGGGCCCUACGUUUCUAUCGUAACGUUUAAUACAAUCUGUGCUGUAAUUCCAAUACUAUUUGUCCUAACUUUCUUGUUUUGUCCUGAAAGUCCUCACUAUUCUAUUUCUAAAAAGGAUAUGAACACUGCUCAAGUGUCCCUUUCCAAACUACGAAACAUGUCCACAGAAGAUGUCGAUAGGGAACUUAAAUUAAUAAAGGAGAAUGUGGAAAACGCUUUGAAAAAUGAAGGAAUAAUUUUGGACAUAUUUACGAACAAAGGAUAUAGAAAAGCAUUCCUCAUUUGUCUUGGAUUGUUCACAUUCCAACAGUUCUCUGGCAUACUCGCUAUUCUUUUUAAUGCUUCAGAUAUAUUUGCGGCAAGUGGUAGUUCCCUGGACUCGAGCAUUUCGGCAAUUGUCAUAGGAGCUGUCCAGGUUUUUGCAUGUUUGAUAACACCAAUUUUCGUCGAUAGAUUAGGCCGAAAGAUGUUACUGCAGCUUUCAGUGAUUGGAAUGGUUAUUUCGGAAAUACCUUUGGGUCUGUACUAUUUUCUGAAAGAUCACGAUUAUAAUGUAGAAUCCAUAAGUUGGUUACCGGUUACAUGCCUCAUAGUAUUCAUACUCACAUAUGCGUGGGGACUUGGUUCAGUAAGUUGGAUUUUAGUUGGUGAAGUAUUUCCAACGAAUAUUAAAGCGGCCGCCUCGACUAUGGUUACAAGUUAUUGUUGGUUUCUUGCGUUUGUUGUAUCUACACUCUUUUUGAGUUUAAUAAAUUUAAUGGGGAUGGGGGGAGCUUUGUUGUUUUUCGCUUCUUGUUGUUGUGUGGCUAUUGUUUUUACAUUUUGCUUUGUUUUUGAAACGGCUGGAAAAACAAUUCAGCAAAUACAAGAAAUGCUCAAUAAAUAAAAUAACAUGUUAAUAUAAAACAUACGGAUGGUGUGAUAAACCGUUACCUCGAGACUGUGAUUUUUGUAUAUAUAAACUGAAUAUAAUAAUAUAAUUAGAUAUUAUCUAUGCAUUAUACUAAGUAUUCUAAGUGCUGCCUUUGUAAUUUAUAAUAAAAAUAAAAAAUGAAUGCACUUUUGGUUUUUAGUUCACUAUUUUAGUUACUGACGAGAUAGAGUAGGACGAGGUUAUUGAAUACAAUGAUUGAAACAUAAAGACUAGGUUUCAUCUGGGCUUGGCUCGCGUUGAUGGCCUAAAUACGUGUCAAAAUCAUGGACGACCACAUAAAAAUAAUUUUUCUAUUCCUCAGGAAUAGUAUUUCUUUCUGGAUGAAAGAUACCCUAUGUCCUUUUCUGUACCCCCGACAAUGCGUGUACUUAAUAUGACAGGUUUUACCCGCGGCUUCACUCACGUUGAUGACCUAAAUACAUGUCAAAGAUCAUCGACGACCACAUAAAACUAAUUUUUCUAUCCUUCAGGAACAGUAUUUCAUUCUGGAUGAAAGACAUCCUCAUCAGCAUCAUAAGGUCGUCAGUCCUAAGACUGGUUGAACACGUAACUCCACUCUUUCCUAUCCUGAG